AUGCCCAAAUCGCCCUCCAACAAUGCCUUUGAUGGAAAGACACUGGCCGUCAUUGCGCACAAAGGCUACAAGAUAGAGAACAAGCUCGGAGCUGGAGCCUUUGGAACGGUCUACAAGGCCGUCAACCGCCAGGGGCAGUACUCGGCGGUGAAGGUCAUUGACCUGAACAAGAUGGACAGCUCCACAAGAGAGAAGUACCUUCCAAGGGAGAUCAGCACUCUCAUCGACUGCAGACAUGAGAACCUCAUUCGAGUGUACGACAUUUUUCGCUGCAAUUUCAAGUUACACAUUUUCAUGGAGCUGGCGUCGAAUGGCGAUCUGGCCGGUUACGCGACCAAGCACAAUGGCUUCAAGGAGCCACUCGCCUGCAAGUGGUUCUUCCAGGCCUCCUCGGGACUGGCCUACCUGCACAACAGCAUGAAAACCUCACACCGGGACAUUAAGCUGGACAAUAUUCUUCUGGACGCCAACAUGGUAGCGCUGACCGACUUUGGAUUUGCCAAGCAGUGCUACGAUGCCGAUCGACACCGUGUCAUUCUCAGCGGCACCUUCUGGUAA